AAGAUUCGGCCACCCCUCCGCGUCCCAAUUCCCAGCUCAAAUACAUCAACCGUCGAUCAUUUCCAUGCUAUCUUCCAAUUUCCAUCACCUGCCGACAAACCUCCACCGCCGCGUUAAUCCAACAAAUAAAACCAGCGACAGAACUAAUAACCCUAACAACCUGUUACCUUUUUUUUCUCCACUUUCCCCUCCGAAACUCCCGUUAUAUCAUCACCACUUAAUUCCGAUAUCAAAUUAUUAAAGAAAGAUUACUUCCCAUGUUACCUCCGUCGAAUCAAAGACGCGUGUUCUUCGGCUUUUAAAACCCACCCAUUCCUUGCGUGAUCUUUCUCGCUUCCCAAUAAUGUCAGCACACAACUCCGACGACAAGACCGCCGCCACCGGCGGCCGGUCGCUUCCCCACAAACUCCUCACCGCCGCGCUCCUCUCCGCCCUUCUCUUGUGGACGGUCAUCGACCUCUCCGUCGUAGCCGGUCGUGCCCCGCCUCCCCCCCUCCACCUCCGCUACUACCUCGGCUCCUACUCCGCCUCCAUUUAUUCCCCCGCCGCCACCUCCGCCGCCGCCGCCGCCGCCGCCGCCGCCGCCGCCGCCAACGCCCCGCCUCCUUCACCAGCUCCGGAACCGACCUCCGCCGCCACCGGUCAUAACGUGAGCUGGCUCUCCGUCACGAUGCUGGGGAACUUCACCUCCACUCUCCUCUCCCGCUGGCGCGCACCCGGUGGCGAGCUCUGCCGCGACUCCCGCACCGCCAACAUCUCCGUCCCCGCCCUCGAUGGCGCUCGCCCCAUCGAACUACCCGCCGGGGAGAUCCACGAGUUCGCGAUCUCGGCGCUGGACGACGCCGGUCGGUACCGGUGCCUCGGAGGGGAUUACUUCGAGACCGACCUUUCCGGCACCUCCUGGAAGUCCCGCCCGCCCAUCGUCGACCACGGCAACGGCUCCUAUACCUUCAAGCUCCAGGUCCACCCCCAGUUCGCCGGCGACUACAACCUCCGCAUCGUCCUCCUCUUCCGCAGCUUCGAGGGGCUCAAAUACUCGCCGGAGCGGUUCAAGUUCCGACGAGAGCUGAGAAGCUUCCAGAUCAAGUUCUUGAAGAGCAAUGCCUCCUUGCCGGAUCUUCGAAUCUGCAGCAGCGCGGAUUUCUCCCGCAAGAUUUGGUCCGGCCGGUGGACUCGGCACGGCAAGAACGAGAAAUGCCGGGUGGACAACGACGGCCGGUACCGCUGCCUCGGCCACAGUUUCCCCUGCCAGCCGCCGUGGUGCGACGGCCCUCUGGCCGCGCUGGAGAGCAACGGCUGGGUCUACUCCGCCCACUGCUCCUUCCGGAUCUUCACCCAGGAAUCGGCCUGGAAAUGCCUCCAAAACAAAUGGCUCUUCUUCUGGGGCGACUCCAACCACGUCGAUACCCUUCGGAAUCUACUCAAUUUCGUGCUCGGAUUGACGGAAAUCCCCUCGGUUCCGCGGCGAUUCGAUGCGAAAUUCCGAAACCCUAGCAACAACUCGCAGAGUGUGAGGAUCACCAGCGUCUUUAACGGGCAUUGGAACGAAUCCUUAAACUACAUGGGGUUGCAAUCGCUUAGGGAUGAGAGAUUCCGGCAACUGCUGUGGAAUUACUUCUCGGAAGAUCGAGCUCCAGAUGUGAUGGUAUUAAACUCGGGUUUGCACGACGGGGUCUACUGGAAGAGUCUCCAGAGAUUCGCGGCCGAGGGGGCGGAGUACGCGGCGAGGUUUUGGGAGGAGGUGAUGAGGCAUGCGAGGGAGAAGGGGAAUGGGGCGGCGCCGAAGCUGUUCUACCGGACGACGAUCGCGACGGGAGGGUACGCGAGGGAUCUCGCGUUCAAUCCGAGCAAGAUGGAGGCUUUCAACGGCGUGAUGGUGGAGAAGUUGGUGGAGCGAGGGUUGGUUACCGGCGGUGUGAUUGACGAGUUCGAUAUGACGUUCCCGUGGCACUACGACAACCGGUGCAAUGACGGGGUGCAUUACGGCCGGCCGCCGGCGAAAGCCCGGUGGAGGGACGGGGAGGUCGGCCAUCAGUACUUUGUGGACUUGAUGCUGGCUCAUGUGCUACUUAAUGCCAUCUGCCAUGGGUGACCGGCCGUGGUGCCCAUUUGGAUGGUUGUUAGCUCUCGAAAUGAGGGGUGAGGCCAGAAGAGGCCAUGGAUGGAACUCCAAGCUGCACUUGGGAUUGUUUCAUAUAGAAGACUGAGAGGAAUUUGAUCUGAUAAUAUAUAUUUAUGUAUAAUUGAAGAGUUGUAUUCAUGUAUUCAUUUUGGCUCGUUACUUGUAGAUUAUUGAUGAUAUCACCAAGAGGAUUUUGUAGUUGUUACAGAGAUUUUGUUUUGGAGUAAUGAUGGCAGAGGUGGAUGUAUUUAUGUUUUGGAAAAACUUUAUGAUUUCAAAAUAAGAAUAUAAUCAUAAGACAA